CCCAGCAGGGGGAGCUAUUUCCAGACAUAUCGUACACUCCAUGGAUGACGAGCAAUAAUAAUUGUAAAGUGCAAAGAUUAACGCUUUGAUGAACAAUGAGGAGCUUUCAGUAAACCACGCCCCUUUCUGUGCGUCUCUGUAUCAUAACAACGAGGACGGAGUCGGACGAGGUCGUAAAAACUGGUCGGAUCGGAUUAAAUUGACUGUACAUGACUGUAGCCAUGGAAACGAAGAGCGUGUGAUGUGUUUAGACAGAGAUUUAAACUCCGAGUGAAGUUUAACAGCAUGGAGAAUACACACGGAUAAAAUCUUUUUACUUUCAUUUAUUCACCUGUUAGCAGAUUGGAGAAGAUGGUGCACUCACACAUCAGUCCCCACAUCCUCACCCACGGCCUGCAGCACGUCUCCCACAUCCACUGUGAAGAGGAAGUGACUUUUAUGUCAUGUGGUGUAGAAGAAGACGGCUUCUUGAGUCUCCACCGGGGUGGGCGUGUCAGGUUCUACACUGCAGACGGGUACCUGAGAGAACCUUUCGCCCGCUCCACUGUGCCCUAUGAAGGCGUCUCCUUCACCCAGAUCGCGGGCAGGCUGGUGGGGUGGGGACCUGGUGAGACCCUGACGCUGCUGGACAUGGAGUUAACACCACUUAGUCACGCACAUGAGACCCUCAACAUCAGAGUGUGUCAGGUGUUAGAGGGCUCUCGGGAGCUGGUCACUGCUGGGGCCGGGAACGUGUGUGUGUGGAGUCUGAGUCACAUGGUGUGUCGUGUGCGAGUGGUGGAUGGCUUUGAGAGGAACUGUGUGUUCACACAGCUGGCUCUGGUUCCUGCUGCAGCUCAGAAAGCUCCUCUAGCUCUGGCUGUGUGUGGGAGAUCAGUGACUGUUGUGGAUCUGAGGGAGGGAUGUGUACUAGAGCACAAAACCAAACUCCAUCAACGUGAGAUCACAGCAUUGGUGUACUGCCCCCUGCAGGAUGUCGUGGUCACUGCAUCCAAAGAUGCAAGCAUGCGGGUGUGGGGGUCAGAAUGGGAGCUGCUCAUGUCAUUUUGUGGUCACACAGCUGCGGUCACGUCCCUGCUGUUGUGUCCUAUGUCUGGUCUACUGCUUUCCUCCUCCCUUGACUCAACACUGCGCUACUGGAAUCUACAGACAGGUGACCAGGUGAAGACUGUGACUCCGCCCACUGGUUCUGCUCCACCCCUUUCAGUGGGUGGUCCCAGCUCCACAUCCACCUUCUUCUCUUUUUCCAAAGCUGGCAUCGAUUUCUGGACCUUCAACAGCCUCUACGAGCUACACUGCAAGCUCAGUGGAGACUCAGCCCUCAGAGUCUGUCAAAUUCUAGCCAAACCCUCUGGCCCAAACUACCCUGUUCGUACAGUGUGUGUCCGUGGUGACAGUGAUGUCAUGCUCAUGGCUGCAGGGACAGGGGCAGUGUUAACGGUGUUCCAGCCUGAAGGGAAAGUCAGGUGUGCUGAUUACUGCCUUUACAAAGAAAUGUUGAUGGUACUGACUGAUGAAGGGGCGGUGAUCAAAGCCAGCACACUGACCAAUCCAGUGACUCAGCUCGAAACGUGGACCAAUGGGGAAAGUGGGUGGGGUGACGCAUGCUGCAUGGCAUUGUAUAGUCACAUAGCUGAUGAAGAAACAGCGCUGGAGGAGUGGAUGGAACUGCAGCAGGAGAGAGGAGAGAAACCAAGGGCUAGAAAACAGCUGGAUCAGGGCAAGAACAGGUUUCUGGUCAUGCUUGGUCUUCAUACUGGGCAUGUCAGUGUGUUGCAGAUGCAUUCCGGGCAUGUUCAAUACAAAGUCUCUGCCCAUAAUGGGCAAAACAUCACCAGCAUACAGGCUUACCCGGACUCCAACUGCCUUCUUACUGCCGUGUGUGUGUCGCUGCUCGACUCCCUGCUGGCCAUCGGCAUUCAACAGCAGCACAGUGCCACCUACACCCUGGUGCAGAUCGACCUGCACACACACACACGCUGUGACCAUCCACCUGAACAUGACCACUGCAGUGCGAUUACAGGCCUGUGUGCGUGUCCAAAUCUGCGCGUGUUUGCAUCGUGUAGUCAGGAUGGUACACUGCGCCUCUGGGAUGAGGAGAACCGCCUGCUCAGGACUCUGGAGCUGAACGUGGAUCCGGAGUGUGUGCAGUUCAGUGGACGAGGUGGAGAGCUGCUGCUGGGAAUCAGAGGAGAUGUUUACAGAAUCCACUGUACACACCUGCUGCCUCCUGAGUUCCAGACACAGCUGCUGUUUAAUGAGGAUCUGUAUGAACUGGUUCCUGAUCAGCCUAUCGCAUGCACCAUUAGCAAGUCUUGUGAAAAGCGCGAGGCUGAAGAAGAAUAUUCAGAGAAACAGGACCAAACGAAAGACCCAGUCCUGGAGUGUCUAAUGGAGCGAAAUCGGGACCUUUGUUCUCUUCAGAACGGAAACACACACAGCAGAAGGAAACCGAGGAGCACUACACACUCCAGGAGAGAGGCUUUUAACCGCUAUAUCCAACUCCUAUAUACACCACCACUACAGAUUAGUAUCCCUGAUGAAGAUCCGUUCGACCUGCACGCUUCUCUUUUCCCUCCGAAACCCCCCGAACUGCGACCUUUGACCCCUCCAACACUGCGAGAAGGCUUCUUCCCAAACUGGAGCUUAGCUAAGAAACCUGACUCAACACACAUCACGCAGGAAGGCGUCCCGUCUCGCCCCGCUACAGCCUCGCUCGGCUUCGUCCCGAACUCGGUGCUGGUAAGUCAGAUCUGGCCUGAGGACGUGCUGGAGAACGCCGUUCCCUCAAGACCAUGGACACUCCGGGAACAACACACACAUGACACCGAGCAGGAGGAGGAGAGGAAAGCGGAUCAUGUGCUGUGUUUGGAUGAGGAUGAAGAUGACGACUUUAACAUGAACUCAGUCUUACAUCUCAUAGAAACCUCACCCGAACCUGAAAGCCCAACCCCGCCCCCUCAUGUGACUCCGCCCCCUGAGAGUCAAUCAACAGAGAAACCAAAAUACACUUUGAAGCCACUUAAGCCCCUCCCACCUAUUAAAACACUACCUCCACCUCCCACGCCCACUGCCCCACCCACACUGGCCCCACCCCCUCCCAUACACACGCCUACACCAGUGCUACCCGACUUUCUGAACCAGUUCCUGCAGGAGGAGUGGUUUCAUAGCUUGUACCCCGAGCCAGGGUGUAUUCCCGAGUCCCUGAGCCUGGCUGAGUUCUGUGCUCAGUUGCUGGACUUCCUGAAGCGCUGUAUUAUGGAUCAGAAACUGUGUGUCCUCAAAGCCAUCAUCACACUGUACACACACAACUCACUCAACAAACACACCAUCACACUCAGCCUGCUAGAUUCACUGCACACCUGCCUGCACAAAGACAUGUCAGAUACGGAGCAACGCUUUGUGAUAGAGUUGCUGAAUUUCUUGGUGUUUGUGAAUCCGUACAGCUAUGACAUCACAGUGGAGAUACUCCUUCUGCUAGCAGAUAGAGAGCUGAGAUUACAAGGUGUAGCAGUGUGUAUGCUGCAGGCUCUGGGAGUGGAUGACGCUCAGCAGUGGCUUCAUCCUCAGCUGGAGUCCUGGGGGUGUGAGGCACAAAAACACACCGAGCCGCUGAGACGUCUCCGAGAACUCGCACGCCACUGGCUCGAUAGCUGGACGGCAAAAUACAAAAUAUUUAAGAGUUCUGGAAAAAAGAGUGCGCUCUCCUCUCUGGUCUCACCCUCAGAUGUUCUGCGUUAUUUCUGCUGGGUGCAAAAAGAGGCUAAGGAUAAACCACCAAGUGAAUCAGAGGGCAGAAAAGAUACUGUUGUGCAGGAAACACACCCAUACAGGUAA